UGUGCGAACGGACGGGUAUAUUACGUAAACACGAAAGCGCGCACUACUCAAUGGGAACACCCACUAACCGGAGAAAUAUCUAAAAUUGAGGGCACUGAUGCCCAGCUUCAAACAGGAGACGGGAAUGACAACAAAAUUGAUGAACAGACGCUGUCGUCUGCUGUGGUAGAGGGAAAGGGGAACGUGGACAUCAUCUCCAAAUUUAACUCCUAUUCCACGGCUCUGGAGGUCAUGGCGGGGAAAGAUUUGACGGGGAAAUACGCCAUAGUUACUGGGUCCAACUGUGGAAUUGGGUACGAGACCGCGCGCGCUCUCGCGCUGCACGGAGCGCACGUGGUGAUGGCCUGCAGAAGCGUGGACCGCGGCGAGGAAAGUGCCAACAUGAUCCGGGCCGAGAAAGAUGCGGUAAAAAUCCGGGUUAUGCAGCUGGAGUUGGCAUCACUGAAGAGCGUUAAAGCUUUUGGAGAAGAGUACAAGAAGACAAAUUGGCCCAUCCAUAUAUUGAUACUAAAUGCCGGCAUAGCAUCCGUGCCGUUUUCUCUGACGGAGGACGGCCUUGAGAGCACCUUCCAAGUCAACCACCUGGGUCACUUCUACCUCACCUUGCUCCUAGAGGAGGUGUUAAGACGGUCCAGUCCCGCCCGAGUGGUCUCGGUGUCUUCCAGAGGGCUGCAACUGUCCGAUUUGAAAAUGAGCAACGUGUCGGAAAGUAAACUGUCCAGUCCUGAUGCAUCAAGUCAUUCACGAUUUUCGACGUAUAACAAGACAAAGCUUUGCAACUUGCUUUUUGCAAAGGAGCUGAACUUGAAGCUGGCGCGUCAUGGCGUAACUGCAAACGUACUGCACCCUGGCGGUUUUAUAUCCACCAAUAUUCAGCGACAUUGGUGGUUAUCCAAGGUUUUGUUUGUAAUGACAAAACCGUUUACGAAAACUGUUGAGCAGGGUGCGGCGACCAGUGCGUAUUGCGCCGUUGCAGAAGAGUUAGAGGGUCGGGGAGGGCUCUACUUUGAUAACUGCCAGGCAGCACAGCCCAAGUCAGAGGCUGCUGUCGAUCCAGAGCUGGCGAGAGAAGUUUGGAAGUUAUCGGAGAAAAUGUUGAACGAUCGCGGUCACAGUGUAUAAGUAUUGUGACCUGACGUUUGAAAUG